AGGGGUGAUUGGGGGGGGAGGAAGGAGUCACACAGGGGUUAACACUUGAAGGUCUCAUUACAUCACAACUGAACAUAUCCAGCCGCUAUAUAACCAGCCGCUGCGAGGAGCCUGUUCAGUCCUGACAGUGACAUCUUAUCUCCAUCAGAAGUCAUUUUCACACCUUCGUCAUGAGGUUCUCAGUAAUGUUUCUGUUCCUCUUGGGAGUGGUGGGCGUGAGCCUCGCCUUGUACAUGCCCAACGAUAACCUCCGCAACAGAAUAAACAAGGGAUGUGAAUGCUGCUGUUGUUGUUGCGAAAAGGAUGAAGUGAAAAUUCCGUUCCCUUUCCCCCGUGAUUCUGCCGAUCUUAAUCGAAUAAACAAGGGGUGUGGGUGCUGCUGUUCUUGUUGCGAAAAGGAUGAAGUGAAACCUCAGAUCCCUUUUCCCCGUAAUUCUGGCGAUCUUAAUCGAAUAAACAAGGGAUGUGAAUGCUGCUGUUGUUGUUGCGAAAAGGAUGAAGUGAAAAUUCCGUUCCCUUUCCCCCGUGAUUCUGCCGAUCUUAAUCGAAUAAACAAGGGGUGUGGGUGCUGCUGUUGUUGUUGCGAAAAGGAUGAAGUGAAACCUCAGAUCCCUCUUCAAAGUAAUUCUGGCAAUUUUAAUCGAAUAAACAAGGGGUGUGAAUGCUGCUGUUGUUGUUGCGAAAAGGAUGAAGUGAAAAUUCCGUUCCCUUUCCCCCGUGAUUCUGCCGAUCUUAAUCGAAUAAACAAGGGGUGUGGGUGCUGCUGUUGUUGUUGCGAAAAGGAUGAAGUGAAACCUCAGAUCCCUCUUCAAAGUAAUUCUGGCAAUUUUAAUCGAAUAAACAAGGGGUGUGGGUGCUGCUGUUGUUGUUGCGAAAAGGAUGAAGUGAAAACUCCGUUCCCUUUUCCCCGUGAUUCUGCCGAUCUUAAUCGGAGAAGUGAGAAAGAGAAUGCAGCCAAAGCACAACUUCGACAACCCGAAGUGGUCUGGACAUAAUCUUCAUCCACUUUUAUCCACUUCCACCUGAUCACCCUGUCCUGAUUUUCACUGAAAGAAGAAAAUAAUUAUGACGUAUAAAAUGCUAAUUCUUUUGUGUCCUUUACUAAGUCGAGUAAACUAUUAUGUCCAUUAAAGCUAGAGUCUUUCACUGGAUGAGUAGAUAGAAGAGUGCAAACUGUUGUCACCUUUGAACUACUAUGCAUAAUAUAUCUACAACGUAACUCUUGAUUUAUGAAUGAUAAAAAUUUGCUGCAAUAAAAAUAUCAACAAACAUACAA